AAUUUCUCAUGAUUAAAUUGUUAUGAGAAUAACUUACCUUAUAACAGCUCAGACACCCAAAUUCAAAAUCGAUCUGGUGGAGGGAGAAAAGCUUCAACGGUCCACUUGAUUUCUGCGCAGCGUUUUGGACUCUGCGCACCAUUUCGACUCAACGUCUCCAACCCACUAAAUGAAGUCGUUUCCUCCUGUUUGCUUUCUCUCUCAUGACACCUUUGUUUCUAGGGAUGUUGUUUUCUAUGAAAACCAUUUCGCUUUUCACUCCUUAUCUGUUGUUGAACCUGAAUCCCAAGCUCACCCAACUAAUAUGUUUCCUACUCCUAAUCCUUUCACAUUUGCUGAUGACUUCACAGAUUACACCCCCCCCCCCUCCUAUUCCAAAUCAACCUGACAUUUCCUCUUCCUCCACACCAGCCAACUCUACCCCUUCAGUACCCAGUUCAUCAUCCUCUCCAUCUCCCCCUCCUUCCCCAUCACCUUCAUCUUCCUCUCCUUCAGCCCCUACCCCACCACCACCACCACCACCCCCUCCUCCCCCAACUCAACCAGUUAGACGUUCUGACAGACAAAUAAAACCCCCAGUUCACCUCACCAAAGACUACCAUUGCUACCUUCUCCAACAGUCUAGCAACUCUAGUGCUUCUUCUCAUCUCCAGGCUCAUCACACUGGGUAUCCUCUUUCCUCAGUUCUUUCCUAUGACAAACUUGCAUCCCACUACAAACAUUUUGUUCUCAGCAUAUCUACCUACCAAGCUCCUAACACAUACAGAGAGGCCUCCCUCUCUGAGCAAUAUAAUGCUGCUAUGCAGCAGGAGAUAGGUGUUCUAAUAAAAAACAGGACUUGGGAUGUUGUCAAUUUGCCACCAGGAAAGAACCCAAUAGGAAACAAGUGGGUUUAUAAGGUCAAGUUUGAAUCAGAUGGUUCUUUGGAUCGUUUCAAAGCCAGAGUUGUUGCUAAGGGUAAUACUCAACAAGAGGGGGUUGAUAAUCAAGACAAUUUUUCCCCAGUUGUUAAAAUGACCAUUGUUAGAACAUUUCUGGCUAUUGCAGCUCAAAGGAAUUGGCAUAUUCACCAAUUAGAUGUGAAUAAUGCCUUCCUCCAUGGAGAUCUCUAGGAGGAAGUCUAUAUGACUUUGCCAAAAGGUUACACUCCUCCCCCUAGCUUCCAUACCCUUGUUUGUCGACUCAGGAAAUCCAUAUAUGGCUUAAAACAGGCAUCUCGUCAGUGGUUCUCUAAGCUAACAGACUGUCUCACUCAUGAUGGUUAUGUUCAAAGCCAAGCAGAUCACUCUCUUUUUUACAAGCUCACUGACAUCAGUUACACAUGUAUUCUUAUAUAUGUGGAUGACCUGGUUAUUGGAGACAAUGAUCUCUUGGAAGUACAACAUCUAAAGUCCAAAUUGCACAAACAGUUCAGCAUCAAAGAUCUAGGUCCACUGAGAUUCUUUCUUGGAAUUGAAGUUGCAAGGAACACAAAAGACAUUCAUCUAUUUCAAAGGAAGUACACUCUGGAACUAAUUGAGGAAGCACAAGUUUUGGAUUCCAAAUAAGUCACUACUCCGAUGGAUUACAAGCUACAUCUCAGCGGCAAUUGUGACAGCCCAUGUGCAGACCCAUAAUUAUACAGGACUUUAGUUGGUAAGUUAAUCUAUCUUACAACUACACGUUCUGACAUCUCCUAUGCUACUCAACAGGUUAGCCAGUUCAUGGCUAACCCAAGUGUUACUCAUUACAAGGCAAUUGAAAGGAUUCUGAGGUACCUAAAAAAUUCCCCUGCACGUGGUCUCUUCUUCCCUUCCUCUAGUUCCCUCCAAUUGAAGGCUUUCACCGAUUCUGAUUGGGCUGCUUGCGUUGACACACGCCACUCCACAACUAGCUACUGUGUGUACCUCGGCGAAGCCCUAAUUUCUUGGAAAAGCAAGAAGCAAAAGACCGUAUCCCGCUUUUCCUGCGAAGCAGAAUAUCGCGCACUUGCUUUCACUGCUUACUAGCUUCAAUGGUAGCUGUAUCUCCUUCGUGAUUUUCAGCUCUCUCAUUCCUCACCGGCGACCCUCUUCUGCGACAACCAGAGCGGCAUCUACAUCGCCCAAAAUCCUACUUUCCACGAACGAACAAAGCACAUCAAGUUGGAUUGCCAUCUCGUUCGUGAAAAGGUCCUCAACAACACCAUCAAAUUGCUCCAUGUCUCCUCCAACCAUCAACGUCUCCAACCCACUAAACGAAGUUGUUUCCUCCUGUUUGCUUUCUUUUCUGCCAAGCUUUGUACUUGUUUCUACUUCAAGCUAAAGAACAGAACUGCAGCAAUGAGCAGCUGUGUCUUGUAGAGGAGAUUGCUCUGUAUUUAAACCAAGAGAUGAAAUGAGAAGCCCAAUCCUCUAGGGUUUCACUUCAAACCUAAACAAAUUGUUACCUUACAAAACAUUUGUCUAUUGCGAAUUGAUGAGAAAUAAGAAAUACCGAUUCAGUGAUGAAUAUGCAAAUAUAAUGAUAAAAUAUAACAUUUGAUUAAAUUGUUCUAUAAAAAAAACUAAUAUUUGUAAUAUAGUGCUAAAGUUGUA